AGGUGGAAAAUACUUGUAUUUCGAUUCGAAACCACCCCGUUGGCGAGUCGGCAACCACCGAAAUGAGUGCCAGUGAGGGCAUUAGUCUCCCAGGCAACCAGGACCCCAGUCCGCCGCGUGAAAAACAUAAACAAAAGGCCAAGAAGGACCGAAAGAAGAAGUCCAGCAGUGCCAAAGAGAGGGCUCCUCCGAGUGCCAUGGACGCGAAAGCCACUGCCAGCUACUUCAGCCUGAGCAUCACGGGCCAAAUAGUGUCCGCCACAUUUCCCCUGGGUCCCGACAAGGAGUUCGUCUUCCUGCGCUACGAACUGGUCGCCGGUCCCGACUGGCAGUUGGCCUCCGGACCCCAGCACGGACUCACCCAGCUGGCCACCAACCGGAGGGGACACUUCAACGAGCCGGUGGUCUUCAACAUGCCCAUCGAGGUGACCUACAAGAGCACCAGUCCCUUUGGCUGGCCCCAGAUCCUGGUGAGCGUUUUCGGACGCAAUGGAAUGGGGCGGGAGACGCUCCUUGGCUACGCCCACCUCCACCUGCCUGUGUUCGGGAGUCGUCGUCCUGCGGAGCAAGCGGAGCAGCUGCAGGCUCCCAUACUGAUGCCCAAGUGCCCCAGCAUGAUGGCGGACAUCACCAGUUGGCUGCUCCGCCGCGAGCCGGAACUGAAGGAUCCCAAGGUCCUGCUGGACAACCUGAAGUGCAAGGGCCUGUCCAUGGAGUCCUACGGCAGCCUGCAGUUCCAGCUGUCCUCCGUGAUGCGAGGAGCCCGCAAACUGGGCUACCAUUGGCAUUCCUGAGGAGUCGACGAUGUGUGUCAGUAAACGUGAACUUGGCGAGGCAGGAAAGCGU